CGUUUAAACAAUUGUUUCGACAAACCUAAAACUACUCUUUUUCAAAUCUUCGAGGCAUGGUCUUUUGUUCUUCACCAACAGCGAGUUCAUCGGACGCCGGUGGUGUGUUUCUCCACCAAGCGUCGAAGAACAGUCGAGGAGAGGGGCAAUAUUUCAGUUCAUGAUUGGGGUGCUUACUCUUCCAUCUUUUGUCGCUUCUGCUUUCGCAGAAAAUGCCAAUGUUCAGAGGGACGAUGUUGAACUUGUUGCUGUCGAUGGCCAUUUUCUUUGGUCAGAUACUUGUAACCAUUUCAGUAUCAGAUAUUCACUUGGGGAAUCCCACUUUGCAAUUGACACCAUUGCUCCUUCCUGGGUAUUCAUCUAGUCAUGGUUCUAAAGACGUGGUAUCAUGUGGGCGUGUUCAUGUUACUGGGCUUUCAAGGUUGAAAAUCAAAAGUUAUGCUAAUGCAUUUCGCGUUACUUUGACACCAUCAAUUGUAAUCCCUGACAAGUUCCAUGGCAAAAUUGGGGUUUGUUUCCACCAGAAUGCUUCACUUGGGUUAUGCCAAUGCACAAAGGAUGAAUGGAAAGCUAUCCAAAAGGGAUCAUGUAGCACUGUCAUGUCACCAUAUGGGAAUAGAUAUGUUGAUGUGAGAUUUAAUGAUGGAAUAUCUGGGUCUGUCACAGUUUCUGUUGAGGAAGAGUUUCAGAAAUGGCGUCUCUUUUGCCUUGCUCUUGGAUUUAUUUUACUGCUUUUGGCACCAAUUGUCAGUAAUUGGGUGCCAUUUUAUUAUAGCAGUUCAAUGGCUAUUGGAAUCUUCCUUGUCAUUUUGAUUAUUCUAUUUCAGGGUAUGAAGUUAUUACCAACUGGCAGGAAAAAUUUCUUCUACCUCACUCUAUAUGGUUCAGUGGUUGGGGCUGGAUCUUAUAUUGUACACUACUUAUCAAUGCUGGUCAACUCUGUUCUUGUAAAUUUUGGGCUCAGUGAAGAGAUGUACAACCCUGUUUAUGUAUUUGCGUUGGUAGGAAUUAUCCUUGCGGGAGCAGGACUAGGUUACUGGAUUGUGCGAAAAUUUGUUAUUUCAGAAGAUGGAGGUGUGGAUGCAGCUAUAGCUCAAUUUGUGAAGUGGGCAAUGCGCAUCAUGGCAAUGACCUUAAUAUUUCAGAGCACGCUUGAUAUUCCUUUAGCAAUGAUGGUGUUGGCUUCUGCUUCUGUUAUCUGUCUCAUUAUCCGUUCUCUUAACUGGCGGCAACCAUCAUUACGUAUGCUUUCAUGCAGGAAUAAACUAAGUCUUGGGAAUGGAAGCCUGUGGUCCAGGAGGAAUGGACAUGCAUAUGGAAAUCAUAACCGUGCCGAAUUCCUUAGUAGGUCCACUAAGGUGGGAUCUCAAAGGGCAAUGUGGAAUACCCCAAGGAGUUCUUUUGCUUGGUCCAACUCUCCGACCAAAUGUUUGGCCUUUUCAUCCCCUCCCAGAGGAACAAACCAGCAGGACUAUUACUCAACCUUUCACAAGACACCAACUCGUAAGAGAUUCUCAAAGAAAGAGUGGGAUGAUUUUACACGGGAAUCAACUAGGCAAGCUAUUGCUGAAUGGGCAUCCUCCCCAGAAUUCACUGAUUGGAUUAUUGAACAUGCUGAUCGARUACAACUCCUUCCAGAAGACAGUUCAGAUGACAGCAUGGAGAGUGGAUCAGCUUCCUCCGAAGAGACUAUGGUAGAGAAUGGCAAUGGGUUCAAUCUUUUUAAAUGGUACUAACUUGUUAAUUUCAUCAUAGUGGGAGCCUUUCUUUACAAGAGAUUGUAUAUAACACUUGUAACAAGAGUUCUGAAAUUUUAGACUAGGUGUCUUCCCUUUCAAUUAAUAGGUUACAUACCCAUUUACUAACAGCCAGCUUUAUGUGGCGAUUUUGUGGAAUAUGCAUUUGCUUUUUUUUUUUUAAAACAAGCCCUUGAAAUU